AAUUAAGAGAGCAUAAUUAUUUGCGUGUCACUUUAAAGUGCUACUCUCACUAACUAUCGUAAGUCUUAACUAACCAAAUAACGACAAAUCUACCCAAAGAAAAAACAAACUACCAUUUUUCUCUCGUUUCGAGACUCCAAACCUUAAUUGACACCUGUAAAAUCUGUUAACAUCUGCUUGGCUGCUGAGAAAAUUGGGGUAGGAAAUUUUCAAUUUUGGUUUCAUUUCCCGUUUACUUUCCCAGUAUCUGGUCUACUUUUUUCUGCGCUGUAUAUAGUUUUGGAAAAACGGAGAAGUUGAGAUUCAAAAUUCCCUAUUUUCGGUCUGCGUAAUCGUCUUUGAGAUGAGUUUAAUCCUAAACUGUUGCGGAAGCUAUGGAAUUCAUUCUCUUAGAAUUUCAAGCCUCAAGCGGGCUCACAAAAGCACUUGUGGUAUCCAUAUGAGGCCAAUCACAUUAGUGAAAAAAUCAUCUUCCAUAGAUGAGGAUGAUCAUUGCCGAGAUCUUGCACCAUUGUCAAAGAUCAAUGUAAACAGCAGCUUGAGCUUUAUGGCAGCUAUGAAUGGCAUGGCCGUAGCAAAUUUGGCUGCAGUCGACCUAGCAAAGGCAGAAACCGUAACCGCUGCUUCAGUGUACACUUUGUCUGAUGGGGGCCUUGGAGAUUGGUUUGGUGGCUUUCUUUUUUCUGCUGGUCAAACGGCUAAUGACGCUGUUCAGGACCAAUUAGCAGCACUAAGUUUCACUAGUGUGGCAGUAAUUUUUGGAGCAGGACUUGUAACCAGCCUUUCACCUUGUACUCUUAGUGUUUUGCCACUCACCCUUGGUUACAUUGGUGCAUUUGGCUCUGGGAAAAGCAGAUCAGAGGUUAUUGGGAAUUCAAUUUCAUUCGCUUUGGGAUUGGCAACUACGCUAGCAGUAUUAGGGAUAGCAGCCUCAUUUGCUGGAAAGGCAUAUGGGCAGAUAGGGCAAGGGUUACCUUUGGCUGCUUCAGGAUUAGCUGUUGUUAUGGGCCUGAAUCUUCUUGAGAUAAUUGAAUUGCAGCUUCCAUCUUUCUUCGACAAUUUUGAUCCCCGUGCUGCUGCCGCUAAUUUGCCAUCAAGUGUGCAAGCAUAUCUAGCUGGCCUUACAUUUGCUUUAGCUGCCUCACCGUGCAGUACACCAGUACUCGCCAGCUUGUUAGCAUAUGUAGCUACUUCCAAGGAUCCAAUUAUUGGGGGAAGCCUAUUGCUGACCUAUACAACUGGUUAUGUUGCUCCUCUGCUCAUUGCUGCUUCUUUUGCUGGCGCAUUGCAGAGCCUGCUUUCAUUUCGCAAAUUUUCAGCUUGGAUCAACCCAGUGAGUGGUGCCCUACUGUUAGGAGGGGGUGUAUAUACUUUCCUUGAUAGACUUUUCCCAGCCUCAACAAUGUCUAUGUAAAUAUUGUUCCCCGUAUAUAUAUAAAAUAUAAGGUCAAACAACACAAAAGGGCAGCUGAAAGUUAUAGUCUCGAACGGGUAUUUUGCUUCAUCUAAAUCUGUGUAGCAAGAACGUGUACAAGAAAAUUCAGCAAAAGAAAAAGAACGUGUACAAGAAAAGAUAGGAAAGAGCAAUAGAAAUGUGUAAUUGUGUAUUUAGUUAUGGUCAUCCAAUUCUAAUAAACUGUGAUUCAAAAUUGUCAAUUCUAAUGUGACUUCUUUCUUUAUUAUAUUUAUAUAAAACUGCAUGACACGUUUACAACGCCGCAAAA